AUGGCGUGGCACAAUGAACCGCUGCGAGCAGAUUCUUUUGUGUGCGGAGACGAACAAACUGCCUCGCCUGGGCACACUGGGCAGUACUUGACUUUGGCAAAAACAUUUUCUGUCUCCAGUCUUUUUUCACCGGCGGAAUACAAAAACCCUGUCAAUAUAUUGUUUUCGGGAGAGCGUACGAACAAGUCAGGAAGAUCCCUUAAGCGCUACCUGCUGCCUCUGAUGUUUCUGUCUUCACCCGGGCUAUGGUCAGGAGCUCAGCUGGUCACCGAAGUUUAUGAAACAUGUACUGCAAUGGAAGGAGAGAUCGCACGCUGCGGGCCCGGCGCGAAUUGCUUCAUUAUCGGAGGAGUUCCAACUUGUCAUUGUAUCAUCGACGUCGCAACUGGGUUGCCCCUCGCUGGCAACCCCUACAAGGCUUGCACUUGGGACAUAAGCGGUAACUGGCAACUCUAUUCCCAUUAUAAGGACAAGAAGGACGCAGAAAAGGAGAAGAAGCCGAAAGCAGGAGCCCUGAGACAAGUGCUUAGUCCCCUGUCCAACGAGCCGUUCAUCGUUCGCCUUGAUAGAACGGACGCCCUUCUCAGAACAAGGUAUCUCCUGGGAGCGAUCUUUGUAGUCACUCCCCUUACCUCAUUCGCGGCUGGCGUUGCAGGUAGAGUUUUUCUUGACGCGAGGGACAAUCUCUCAGUCAUUUUCGAGCAGGCUGAAGGCUUUGCUGACCACUUCGGACGAAGUAUCUUCUUAAGAACGAGACUCCAGGACACUGCAUUGACGAAGCUAGAGAGAAAACUAAUGGACAAAAAGGACCUCAAAGGAACCUGGGAAAAAAAUGACGGGACCCUCGUUGAGAUCUAUGGUGCACAGGCACCGCGGAACUGGCCGACGUUUGCCAACAACUUCCUUCGGCACAACGCUGUCUACUGGUACAAUGACCCAUCGUACGGGGAUCCGGCUUUGAGAAUGAGUACUGCCCUCUUUCUCGAUGACACGCUGCCAGAAGAAAGAGCAGCAUUUCAGACGAACGCACAGUUUGUACAGCUAGGGUGGUACGGAGCGCUUCGAUUCGGCUCCAACCGCAUUGACAUCUAUUCGCCAGCAACAGGAGAGCCGAUCUACAGCCUUCUGCGAGUCGAUACUCUUCCGUCUUUCACGGCGCGUGGGGUGCCAGCGAUGCAGGUAGGCAUCAGAUACGAUCAACGCCAGUGA